AUGGGCCGGGAGCAGAAGCGGCGGCAAGAGGCCCGCAAAGCCAAGCAGCUGGUGCAGAGUGGGAAGGCGGAACGCAGGCCGCUUCUGCCAGAAGAGGCUGCGGACCUCUUUUCCGCCAUCGACAAGGGCGAGGUGCAGAGCUUCGGCAUCGCGCGGCUGGCUGGCUUGCGGCUGGACGACCUGCACCAGGCGCCUUGGUGCUUUGCCUGGGGCCCAGCUUCGCGGAUGACCUUGGCGGACUUUGCCGCGCUCCGGGGCCGGGACUCCUUCGUCUCCGCGCUGAUCACUGCUGGGGCGGACCCCUCAGGUGUAGGCGUCCAGGUCUGGGAGAAGCUGCCUCGGGCCUACGCCUGCUGGCUGGCGCGGGCGGCUGCCCGCCUGCGGCUAGAGGCCACUCCAGAUACCUGCAGAUGCGGCGGCCCUGGGGCAGAGUUUCCACCCUGCGGGCACCGUUGCUGCGCGCGCUGCUUUUGGUCGCCCUUCAAAGACUUUGUGAGCGGCCGGCUGCCUGAGCUGACGUGCUUCUGCGGCCAGCGCUUGGAGGAUUCCUCCUUGGAGUUCCCGGCCCAGCGCCGGGGCAUCCUGCGCCUGGGCCCGGCUUCGGGAGAGUCCUGCCGGACCUGCCGCUGCCGCCUGCCGCUUUCGCGCGACAGCGACAGCGCCUGCCUCAACUGCGCGCAGCCGCCAUUUGCGGCGCCCAAACCGGCGAAGCCAGCGGAGAGGAUUGCGUCGGCGUCUUCUCUCUGCGGGGAUUUGUCAGGACUGCUGCCGAGCUGCUGGCGCCUGUGGCGGCGCGCGCGCACAGUGCGGCGCUGGAAAAGUUUGCCGGAGGAGCUGCCGCAAGACUUGCAGGAGCGCCAGAAGCUUCAAGCGGCUUGGGAUUUGAAGGCAAAUGGAAGCGGGAAGCGCAUGGCCGGUGCCUUCAAAGCGCUCAGCCCUGCCCAGGUGGCUACCGAGAAGCUGGGCCUCACCCGCUCCGCGCGCUCCGAGCGCCUCAGACUUGCCGCGGAAGUGGGGGACGCGCGGCGCGUGGAGGCGUUGCUGGAGGCGGGCUGCGACCUGGACGCCCCCAACGAGUACGGCCAGAGCCCAGUCUUUCUUGCGGCUGUGGAGGGCCAGGUGGAAGCGCUGGAGGUGCUGCUGGCCUGGGGCGCGGACCCGCGGAAGCUCUGCAGCCAGGCUUCGGCCUGGUCGGCGGCGCGGUGCCGCGGCCACGCGGAGGUGUGCCGAAGCCUGGAGAGGCGAGUUGGCCCCGACACUUGGCCGCCGCACGUGCCAUCUCCUCCGUGCAGCAGGUGCCCGGUGCCUCUACCGCUGCCGCCGGAGGUUUCUGCGUUGGGGGCCUUCUAUGUAGAUGGCGCCUUUGAUGAGUCAUUCCUGAAAUGGCUGGAGGAUCUCUGGCGAGCGCUGCCACAAGCACCAUUCGAGGCCGAAUCUCCAGAGGAGCCCAAAACACGGGCUGCCAAGCGCGGGGUGGACCGCCGGACAGGGGCCGCAGACGCGGCGCCGCGGCGGAGCUACUACUUCGAUGCGCUGGAGGUGGUGUCGACCCAGCUGGCCCAAGCCAUGGAGCUCUGCACGCCACGGCACUGCACCUGCACCGAGGCGAUGCCGCAGAUGCGGUUUUUGCGUUACGUCAACGGCGGCUGGCUGCCGCCCCAUGUGGACUUAGCACGGAAGGACUGGCGCAGUGGCCAGCGGAGCACUCACACCUUCAUCCUCUACGUCGCUGGAGAUGCCGCUGGCGGGGAGACGGUGCUGCUUGGGAGCCUGGAGGCGGCGGAGCCGCUGGUGCAGGUGACGCCUGUGCGUGGCCGGCUGCUGGUGUUCCCGCACGACUGCCCGCAUCAAGCUUGGGGCCCAGGGGAGCCGCAACCAGCUGGCCUUGCCGGUGGAGAAGACAAAGCUGCUUCUCCGGGGUGA